AUGAUUUCCCGGGGUGUCAGACUUGGGUCUGUCUUUUUGAGCCAAGGACGACGCCUGUUCCAUUCGUCAUUGGCCAGAAACUCCACAGACCACCAUGCGGAAUUGCUCAAGACUCCUCUCGACAAGGUGCGAAACAUCGGAAUCAUUGCACAUAUAGAUGCUGGUAAGACCACCACCACCGAAAGAAUGCUUUACUAUUCUGGAGUCACCGGCAGAAUUGGAAAUGUUGACGAGGGUGACACAGUCACAGACUACAUGUCCCAAGAAAAGGAUCGUGGAAUCACGAUCCAAUCCGCGGCAGUUACUAUUCCUUGGAAUAAGCACAAGAUCAAUCUUAUUGAUACGCCAGGACACGCCGAUUUCACAUUCGAAGUUAUCAGGUCGUUGAGAAUUUUGGACGGUGCGGUUACAAUCAUGGAUGCGGUGGCCGGUGUCGAAGCACAGACCGAGAAAGUCUGGAAACAGGCCAAGGAACUCAAUAUUCCAGUGGUAGCAUACAUCAACAAGAUGGACAGAGAAGGUGCAGGAUUUGGACGGACAGUGAAAGAGAUUGUUUCAAGACUGGCCACCCGAGUGGUGCUGGUCAAUGUACCGUACUUUGUGAAGGACAAUUCUACCGGACAAAUGAUUUUCGAAGGAGUGAUUGACGUUUUCGACAAAAAACUGCUUAUUUGGAAUAACACCGACUUGGGAUCAGACGGAAGCAAGGUUAAUGUGAUUGACAUUUCGAACGAAUCAGAGCACCCAGAACUAUACCAGCAAGUCUUGGAGUGCAGAGAAGCGGCUGUUGAGCAGCUAGGAGAGUUUGACGAGAACGUGAUCAACUCGUUCUUGGAAACCGAGGAUUACAUGGAAGUGCCUGCCAAUACCCUAAAAAACGCCCUUAGACAGGCAUGUAUUUCUGGGUUUGCAACUCCUGUUUUAUGCGGCGCCAGUUUCAGAAAUAUCGGUGUUCAACCUCUGUUGGAUGCAGUUAACGAUUAUCUACCGUCUCCGUUGGAAAUCAGCGUGCCCGAAGUUACUUCCUCAUCGAUCCACCAGACAAAGACCAAAAAGAGAAAGCAGUUGCAGGCAAGUGAUACAUCUUUGCCGGUGAAAAUGGAUAAUCGUGUUGGAUUGGUGGUCAACAAUAACCUCAACUUGAUGACAGCUUUGGCUUUUAAAAUGAUUUCGCACCCAAUAAGAGGAAUUAUGGUUUUUGUAAGAGUUUACAGCGGCAAGUUGCAACCAAACUCUACCGUGUUGAACAGUCGUACAGGAGAAAAAGUUAGGAUUGGCAAAUUAUUGUUGAUGAACGCGGAUGUUCCUCAAGAGGUGAAGUACCUGUCAAGUGGAAGCAUUGGAGUUAUUACUGGAACAGACCAGAUUGUGACCGGUGAUACUCUGAUUGGGCAUUCUCUAUCAAAGAACACCAAUCAGCUCUCUCCAAAAGAACAGGCUGCAAAGCUGCUGCCAAUCAAAAUUCCUCCACCUGUGUUCUCUGUUUCGAUAGAACCAUCCACCGUUUCUGACAACAGAAAACUAACGACAUGUUUGGACACGCUUCUGAAAGAAGAUCCAAGUUUGCAUUUGAGCUAUGACGAGGACUCUGGCCAGAACAUUCUUUCUGGAAUGGGCGAGCUACAUCUGGACAUCACCAAAGAUAGAUUGAUCAACGACAUGAAAGCCAACGCAGAGGUUGGAGAAGUGAGAGUCACUUACAAGGAGACCAUCACAGUACCUACGGGAGUGUUCAAAAGCAACACUGGCGACGGGUUCGAGGUGGAGCUUUCGUUGGAGUCGUUUGAAGGUCCCGUGGAGGACCUAGAACUGCCAGACGAAGGCGUCUACUACUUGGAGCAGGAUGACAACGUGGUGAUAGUUGAGCCGUCUUCUACACCAGAACCAGUGCGUAAGGCAUUGAAUGCCCAGAUCUGGUCGUUGCCAAUGUCGUACGAAACAAUGAUCAAUGGUAUUCUCUCUGGAGUCAAUGGAGCUCUGCAAGUUGGCGGCCAACGGGCUAAGCUACCACUACACUCCAUAAUUGUGCGGAUUCACAAAUGGACCAUCCUCACAGACGCAAACAGCAUUUCGCCUUUGAUUAACUCCACCAGAACAACCAUCAUGGACGCGCUGUCGUCGUUGGACGAGAACAGCACCACUUUGCUGGAGCCGGUGAUGAAGGUGUCUGUGUAUGUGAGCGACCAAGACCUGGGACUGGUGACUCAGGACUUGAUGAGCGCACGGAACGCGAAAAUCACAGGAAUCGAUGACGAGGCCAGUACCAGCAACAACGAGAGUCUGAUCUGGGCCAAAGAACAGGCCGAGAAAACGUAUAUCCCCCACGACCCGACCCUGAUGUACAUGAAAACGGCACAGGCAUCUGGAAAUAAGGUGGUGGGAGCAGAGGCACCAUUACGGGAGAUGAUCGGGUAUCUGAUCAAGCUGCGGUCGCUCACGAGAGGAAGAGCCACCUACGACAUGGAGUACCUGGGCAUGGAAAGAACGGCACCUGAUCGUCUGCGCAAGAUUCUUGAUCAGUGA